AUGGCACCAGAAGUUAUAAAACAAACACCUUAUACAAGUAAAGCUGAUAUAUGGAGUUUAGGAUGUUUGAUUGUUGAAAUGUUUACUGGGGAUCAUCCUUUUCCAGAAUUCAACCAAACGCAAGCAAUGUUUAAGAUUGGAUUACAAGCUUGUGCGCCUAAAAUUCCAGAUGAUAUUUCCGAAGAGGCACAGGAUUUCUUGAGCAAAACAUUUAAGUCGUAUGUUAUCAGAUGA